UCAAGCAAGGUGACUCCCCACGAUGAUUGUGUCAUUUGUCUAUCCAACAUCACAGAGCGAGCGCAAACAAGGCCUUGCAAUCAUACAGCUUUCGAUUUCAUCUGCUUGGUGAGCUGGCUGCAAGAGCGAUCGAAUUGUCCACUUUGCAAAGCCGAAGUAACAACUGUCGAGUACGACCGCAAAAGCGAUAAAGACUUCAAGAUAUUCCAUGUGAAGAGGACCCAUUCCUCCAAACCCGCUCCACCUGCUGCGGCAUCGUCUCGUUCAAAUAACACUUCUCGCCCUCCUCCCCCGAGACGUCCUCGUCCGCCACGACCAUACACACGCCCAAGCCCAAGUCUCGCUCUACUCCGUCGCCGUCAUGUCUAUAGAGAGAAUCUUUACUCGGCGUACGUAGGCGCAAAUCGAAUCUCCGCACACAGCAAUUGGACACCCGAGUCAUUCUCUUCCUCUCCCGACCUCCAAUCCCGGGCGCGCAUGUUUAUACGUCGAGAACUUCGAGUCUUUUCGUUCCUGUACAACGAUGCAGAUGGGAGUACGGCGAACGCGCCUACGACUAGCAGCAACGCGGAAUGGCUGCUGUCGUACAUCGUCUCUAUACUAAAGACCGUUGAUAUCAAGGCCAGCGAUGGCCACGCGGAGGAUCUCUUGAGCGAAUUCAUAGGCCGGGAGAGCGCGAGGCUGUUUUUACAUGAGUUGAAUGCUUGGCUUAGGAGUCCUUAUACGAAGUUGGAGGACUGGGAUAGCCAUGUGCAGUAUCAGGAAAGGUUGCCAGAUUAUUUCGAUGCGGAUGGG